AUGAAUGGUUUAGUUACAUUAAUAACAGGUGGUGCAGCUGGUUUAGGUCUUGCUUGUGCUAAACGUUUUGCUCAGCAAGGUGCUCGUGUCAUUAUAUGUGAUUUACCAUCAUCAAAAGGUAAUGAAAUUGUCGAAAAAUGGUCUUCAGUAUUUGUAUCAUCUUCCAAUUCAGAAAUUAAUGAACCAGAAGAAAAAUUAAUUUUUCAAUCAAAUAAACAAAACUAUAAAUUUAAUUCGGAAAAAUCGAAGCCUGAUUUUUUUCCUGCUGAUGUAACUAAUGAAAAGCAAGUACAAGAAAUGUUCAAUAAAAUUAAAGAACAAUAUGGUCAACUUGAUGUUCUAUUGAAUUGUGCUGGUAUUGGUAUAGCUCUUCGAACAUAUAAUAUAAAUAAACAUUUAAUGCAUAGUCUUGAUGAAUUUAAUCGCGUACUUAAUGUGAAUGUAUGUGGUACAUUUAAUGUUAUACGUUGGGCUUGUCAUGUAAUGUCGGAUAAUCAACUUAAUUCUCAAGGACAACGUGGUGUUAUUGUAAAUAUAGGAUCUAUUGCUGCUAGUGAAGGUCAAGUUGGACAAGUAGCAUAUGCUGGAUCAAAAGGUGCUAUUGCAUCAAUGACAUUACCAUUAGCAAGAGAUCUAUCAAGUAUGGGUGUACGAGUUUGUACUAUAUCUCCUGGUGUUUUUCAUACGCCAGUACUUGCUGCUUUACCAGAAAAAGUUCGAAAAUUACUCGGUAAUAUGGUUCCAUUUCCAUCAAGACUUGGACGAUCGGAUGAUUUUGCUCGUUUAGCACAAACUAUUGUUGAAAAUCCAUAUCUUAAUGGUGAAGUUAUUCGUUUAGAUGGUGCAAUUCGUAUGCCAGCUUAA